GGUCAGAGGUAUGGCAGCCUAGUGGUGCGUGGCUCCCUGUUCGGUUCUGGAGGCUGUGGCCUGCGCUGAGGGCGUGCAGGUUGCGGGCGGCGCGGCAGGAGCAGGUGCCACUUGAAGAAUGGACGAUGAUGAUUUUGGUGGUUUUGAGGCUGCAGAGACUUUUGAUGGUGGAAAUGGUGAGACCCAAACAUCUCCUGCUAUUCCUUGGGCUGCCUUUCCUACAGGUACUGUGCAGAUUCUCUGCCUCCAUUCUUGUGGAAGAAUUGUAUGCACCUGAUCUCACAAGUUCUGUAUCCGGAGUCCACCUGUCGCCAGUGUCUCCUGAGCUUGUUUUGGACCAUGACCACUCAUCUCCUUCAGCAGGCUGCCUUUCUCCUGAUGCCAUUCUUUCCUCACCAGACAAUGUGCACGCAGACAGCAGCAUUGGAAGCCAAAGUGUUCCGAAAGCACAGGUUCAGCAGUCAGUACACACUCAUCUAGAUAUCCCACUUUUUCCAUUGGGUUCAUCGGAUGAGAUGAGUAAUGAAACAGCUGCUCUUGUGGAUGAUUCUGAAGAUCCUGCAGGCAAUGUAUCAAACAUAGAGCUUCAGCAAAAAGUUUCAGAUCUGGAGAUGAAACUCAAAAUGUCUGAAGAAGAAAAGCAGAGGAUUAAAAAGGAUGUUGAAUCACUGAUGGAAAAGCAUGGUAUUUCAGAAAAAGACUUUCUAAAAGAAAAAGAGCAAGAAGCCAUUUCCUUUCAAGAUAGAUACAAAGAACUACAGGAAAAACAUAAACAAGAAUUGGAAGACAUGAGGAAAAUGGGUCAUGAAGCACUUGGAAUUAUUGUGGAUGAAUAUAAGGCAUUACUACAGUCUUCAGUCAAGCAACAAGUAGAAGCUAUUGAAAAACAGUACAUCUCUGCAAUUGAGAAACAAGCACACAAGUGUGAAGAGCUGCUAAAUGCUCAGCAUCAGAGACUCCUUGAAAUGCUAGAUACAGAGAAAGAACUGUUAAAGGAAAAAAUAACAGAAGCCUUAGUUCAGCAAUCUCAAGAACAGAAGGAGAUAUUAGAAAAAUGUUUGGAAGAAGAAAGGCAAAAAAAUAAGGAGGCAUUAGUAUCUGCUGCAAAGGUAGAGCAAGAAGCAAUGAAGGAUGUAGUUAUGAAAGCCAUAGAAGAAGAAAGAAAGAAUUUGGAAAAAGCUCAUGCAGAAGAAAGGGAAUUAUGGAAGACAGAACAUGCAAAAGAUCAAGAAAAAUUGUCUCAAGCCAUUGAAACAGCUUUACAAGAACAGAGGAAAAUAAGUUGCUGUUCCCUGCAAGCUGAGGCUGGACCUCGGCAGCUGUCCUUGGGAAUUAUGAGCCCGACAAAAGGUCGUCUACGUCUGAGCUCUAUAUCAAAUCUUGAACCUGCAAACAUGUUCCCAUAA